UCCGCGCUAGAGGCGGCCGCAGCGCACCUGGCGUGGGCGGGGCCGGCAGCGCAAAGGUGAAUAUCGGCCCCGCCCCGACGGCGCUGACUCAGUUUCACCAGAAACCAGGGGGAGAAGGCGGCCGAGCCCCAGCUCUCCGAGCACCGGGGCGGAAGCCGCGGCCCGAGCCGCGCAGGAAGCCGGGACCCGAACCUCGGCGGACCCGGCCCCACCCAACUCACCUGCGCAGGUCACCAGCACCCUCGGAACCCAGAGGCCCGCGCUCUGAAGGUUACACCCCUGGGGAGGAAGGCGAUGGCCCCUGCGAGGACGAUGGCCCGCGCCCGCCUCGCCCCGGCCCGCAUCCCUGCAGUCGCCUUGUGGCUUCUGUGCGCGCUCGGCCUCCAGGGCACCCAGGCCAGGCCACCGCCCGCGCCCUCUGGGCUGCCCGCGGGAGCCGACUGCCUGAACCGCUUUACCGCCGGGGUGUCUGCCUUCGUGCUGGACACCAACGCCUCGGUCAGCAACGGAGCCACCUUCCUGGAGUCCCCCACCGUGCGCCGGGGCUGGGACUGCGUGCGCGCCUGCUGCACCACCCAGAACUGCAACUUGGCGCUAGUGGAGCUGCAGCCCGACCGCGGGGAGGACGCCAUCGCCGCCUGCUUCCUCAUCAACUGCCUCUACGAGCAGAACUUCGUGUGCAAGUUCGCGCCCAGGGAGGGCUUCAUCAACUACCUCACGAGGGAAGUGUACCGCUCCUACCGCCAGCUGCAGACUCAGGGCUUUGGAGGGUCUGGGAUCCCCAAGGCCUGGGCAGGCAUAGACUUGAAGGUACAACCCCAGGAACCCGUGGUGCUGAAGGAUGUGGAAAACACAGAUUGGCGUCUACUGCGGGGUGACACGGAUGUCAGGGUAGAGAGGAAAGACCCAAACCAGGUGGAACUGUGGGGACUCAAGGAAGGCACCUACCUGUUCCAGCUGACAGUGACUAGCUCAGACCACCCAGAGGACACAGCCAACGUCACAGUCACUGUGCUGUCCACCAAGCAGACAGAAGACUACUGCCUCGCAUCCAACAAGGUGGGCCGCUGCCGGGGCUCUUUCCCACGCUGGUACUAUGAUCCCACGGAGCAGAUCUGCAAGAGUUUCGUUUAUGGAGGCUGCUUGGGCAACAAGAACAACUACCUUCGGGAAGAAGAGUGCAUUCUAGCCUGUCGGGGUGUGCAAGGUGGGCCUUUGAGAGGCAGCUCUGGGGCUCAGGCGACUUUCCCCCAGGGCCCCUCCAUGGAAAGGCGCCAUCCAGUGUGCUCUGGCACCUGUCAGCCCACCCAGUUCCGCUGCAGCAAUGGCUGCUGCAUCGACAGUUUCCUGGAGUGUGACGACACCCCCAACUGCCCCGACGCCUCCGAUGAGGCUGCCUGUGAAAAAUACACGAGUGGCUUUGACGAGCUCCAGCGCAUCCAUUUCCCCAGUGACAAAGGGCACUGCGUGGACCUGCCAGACACAGGACUCUGCAAGGAGAGCAUCCCGCGCUGGUACUACAACCCCUUCAGCGAACACUGCGCCCGCUUUACCUAUGGUGGUUGUUAUGGCAACAAGAACAACUUUGAGGAAGAGCAGCAGUGCCUCGAGUCUUGUCGCGGCAUCUCCAAGAAGGAUGUGUUUGGCCUGAGGCGGGAAAGCCCCCUUCCCAGCACAGGCUCUGUGGAGGUGGGUGUCGCAGUGUUCCUGGUCAUCUGCAUUGUGGUGGUGGUAGCCAUCCUGGGUUACUGCUUCUUCAAGAACCAGAGAAAGGACUUCCGCGGACACCACCACUGCCACCACCCACCACCCACCCCUGCCAGCUCCACUGUCUCCACUACCGAGGACACGGAGCACCUGGUGUAUAACCACACCACCCGGCCCCUCUGAGCCUGGGUCUCACUGGCUCUCACCUGGCCCUGCUUCCUGCUUGCCAAGGCAGAGGCCUGGGCUGGGAAAAACUCUGGAACCAGACUCUUGCCUGUUUCCCAGGCCCACUGUGCCUCAGAGACCAGGGCUCCAGCCCCUCUUGGAGAAGUCUCAGCUAAGCUCAGGUCCUGAGAAAGCUCAAAGGUUUGGAAGGAGCAGAAAACCCUUGGGCCAGAACUACCAGACUAGAUAGACCUGCCUGCAUAGGAGUUUGGAGGAAGUUGGAGUUUUGUUUCCUCUGUUCAAAGCUGCCUGUCCCUACCCCAUGGUGCUAGGAAGAGGCAUAGGGUGGUGUCAGGCCCUGGAGGCCCCAACCCCAUCCUCCAGAGCUCCUCUUCCACGCUGUGCGCCCAGGGCUGGGAGGAAGGACUUCCCUGUGUAGUUUGUGCUGUAAAGAGUUGCUUUUUGUUUAUUUAAUGCUGUGGCAUGGGUGAAGAGGAGGGGAAGAGGCCUGUUUGGCCUCUCUAUCCUCUCUUCCUCUUCCCCCAAGAUUGAGCUCUCUGCCCUUGACCAGCCCCACCCUGGCCUAGACCGGCAGACAGAGCCAGGAGAGGCUCAGCUGCAUCCCGCAGCCCCCACCCCCACCCCCAAGGUUCUCCAACAUCAGUCCAGCCCGCCCACUGGGUAAUAAAAGUGGUUUGUGGGGUUUCUGUCUCUGUUCUGUGGGCCGGGAGAGGGACAAGUUUGCUGGGGGGUGAUGGGACCGUCCUGUUCAGCUGGUUCAGGCUUCGGCCACCCUGUAGAGCAGGUUUUUCCAUCGUCUCUCUGGAAACUGGCCUGGCCCCUGACUUUGGAGAGCAGUGCCAGGUUUGACCACCAGAGGGGAGGAGUGAGAGGGCCACGGGAGCCACGAGUGUGGGGAGGCUGCAGUGCUGCUAUGUAGCAUUUCUUCCUGGUGUGAGCCUCUCCACAAGCCUGUUGAGUGGCUGAGCUCUCCACAAUUCUGUUCAUCUGGAGGUUGGGGUUAGGGGUGCACAGGCACCUUGGCUCCUACCUCCACAUGUUAGGGCCCAUGUGACUAGCUGUCUCCCUCCCCACAGAAGCCCUGGCUUCUGCGCUGGAGUGCAGCAUCCCCUAACCAGGCUCUGAGCUCCGUCCCAGGAGCCUUUAGUAGAGACACUCCACUCCAACCCACACCCCUGCAUUUGUUCAAGCUACCUCCCAGUGCCAAAAAGAAAAAAAAAAUCAUACUUUGAGCUCA